GUUCGCUUCGUCCCAGGUUAAGAUGAGAGGCACAUCGUCGUCAGACUCCAUACUAGCAGAUAAACAGGAUGCAGCCAGCCUCGACUUCCAGCCUUCACUUGGUACAAGCUACUAGCUAAACAAGUGACAAUAUGUCUGCAAAGGGUGCAACAAGUCCAGCAAGAACACACUCCGAAUGGGCUGAAUGCAUCUCAAAUGUACUGGAAAACUGCAUCAGUCAAGCUGAGAUUACAGCAACUUUGUCUGCUGUUCUCCAGUCAAGCUGUGUGUCUGGUGUAGCGGACCAGGAGCUAUGUAAUGCACUUCAAGAGCACCAGUUGUUAGAAGAAAGACUGGAGAAACUAGAAGAUCUCGAAUCAGAUGGGAAACAAGAGGGAGAAGCUGUGAAAGAAAGGAAACAAGCAAGGGCUCAGCUUGAGAGGAACAUCAAGAACUCUUUCAGAUAUGUGCUCAGGCUUUGCAAAGCCAAUCCAGAUGCUGUUUCUGGCUUGAGGGCAGAGCUAGGUAUUGAAAUAGUGGACAGUGAGGAUAUACUAAUUAGAGAGCUUAAAGUGUUUCACAGCCAUAUGGUUAGAAAGUUGUGGACCAGUCUGGAUGAGGAGCUACAGCCUGGGGGCAAAACUCAAAAUCUGGAAGAAACAAUUUUACUGGAGGAAAAAAUUGCUGAAAAAAUAAAGGAAACAGAUGCACAGAUUUCUUACAAUGAAAAUGAGAUAGAAAUUAUGCAGCAAAAGAACAAGGCUCUAGAAGAAGAAAUGUCACUUCCCACAGAAAAACAGUGCCAGCCACAGAUCAAGACAACAAGCCCGAAGCAGACCAGUCUACAAGAGGAAAUUGAUCAACUGAAGAUUCAGCUCAACAAUUUGAUGUUUGAAAACAGACAAGCAGAGGGAAUACUUCAAGAGAAAAAUGAAAAGCUGGAGAUGGAAAUUGAAUACUUAAUCCGAAAUUUUGACGAAAAAAUAACGGAAACCCAGGCCAACCUGGAGGUGAAUGAAACGAGUUAUGGAAAGGAGGAGGAGGAUCUGAGGAAGCUGGAGGAAGUGUUUUCUGUCCUAGAAGUGGAGUCCAACCAGAUCCUGGAGAGGCGUCGUCAGGCGGAGGAGAAGAGGCUGAAGGAGAUGAAGGAGCUGGAGCUGAAGACCAAAGCGGUUAUUUUCGCCCAGGCCUGGUGGAGAGGCUACAGUACUCGCAAGGCCAUAAAGAACAAAGGCAAAGGCAAGAAGGCCAAAAAAGCAAAGGCAAGAAGACCAAAUAAACCGCUGACUAGUGUUGUUGUGCAUCACUCUGUCUGUACAGAAGGUAUGUUUUUAGAUGAUGUAUAAAAAAGUGUCCAUCAAGCACAUAGCAUUGCACACCCCUGUUUAGUGUGCUUAGCAUUUACAUGUUCUUUCUCAAUAAAAUCUUUACAUUUUAA